CGGGGACGGGGCUCCGGCGCGCAACCCCGGGCCGCCCGCGCCCGGCUCCUGCCCGGGACGCGCAUCAGCGCGUUCCCGCGGUUGUCAUCUCAUCCCAUGUCACAGCCCCUCCCCUGGCUGGGACCCCGGCCCCAUUAUCCCGGGGCCUAGCCCUGGUGCUGACCUGCGGUCCCGGCCGCCUCUUCCCCGCGCGGAUCCGGCCCUCCGGCGGCGAGCGCGCGGGCCCAGCUCCCGCAGGGGACGCUAGCCAGCAGGUUCUCACCGCUGUCACUUCGUCCCCGUGCCCGGCUCCUCCGCAGGCUCGGGAACCCCGGCCCCAGGCAGCCCAUUGUCCCGAGGCCCGGCCUCUCCCCGGAGCGGGAUGCAGUCCUCGGGCAGGGCGGCCGCCAGGGAGGCUGCGGGCCGCGACGUGCUGGCCGCCGACCUCCGGUGCAGCCUCUUCGCCUCGGCCCUGCAGAGCUACAAGCGCGACUCGGUGUUGCGGCCUUUCCCCGCGUCCUACGCCCGCCACGACUGUAAGGACUUUGAGGCCCUGCUUGCAGAUGCCAGCAGGUUACCCAACCUGAAAGAGCUACUCCAGUCCUCGGGCGACAACGACAAGCGGGCCUGGGACCUGGUGAGCUGGAUUUUAUCCUCCAAGGCCCUGACGAUCCACAGUGCUGGCAAGGCAGAGUUUGAAAAGAUCCAGAAGCUGACUGGGGCCCCUCAUACACCUGUGCCUGCACCGGACUUCCUGUUUGAAAUCGAGUACUUCGACCCAGCCAAUGCCAAAUUUUAUGAGACCAAAGGAGAGCGAGACCUCAUCUAUGCCUUCCAUGGCAGCCGCCUGGAGAACUUCCAUUCCAUCAUCCACAAUGGCCUGCACUGCCACCUCAACAAGACGUCCUUGUUCGGAGAGGGGACCUACCUCACCAGUGACUUGAGCCUGGCCCUCAUUUACAGCCCCCACGGCCACGGGUGGCAGCGCAGCCUCCUUGGCCCCAUCCUUAGCUGUGUGGCCGUGUGCGAGGUCAUCGACCAUCCAGAUGUCAAGUGCCAAACCAAGAAGAAGGAUUCCAAGGAGAUAGACCGCAGAAGAGCGAGAAUCAAACACAGCGAAGGCGGAGACAUCCCUCCUAAGUACUUUGUGGUCACCAACAACCAGCUCCUGCGGGUGAAGUACCUGCUGGUGUACUCGCAGAAGCAGGCCAAGAGCAGGGCUUCGAGCCAGCUCUCCUGGUUUGCCAGCCAUUGGUUUACGGUCAUGCUGUCCCUGUAUCUGCUGCUGCUGCUCGUCGUAAGUGUCAUCAGUUCCUCGGCUUUCCAGCACUUCUGGAAUCGUGCGAAGAGAUAAUCUCUCUGGGCCUGGCAUGGGGGCCACCUCAACCAUGUGCCUUAGGGUGACUCCACCCGGACCUCCCCGGCCUCUCGGCCAGCCAGGUAGAGCCUAGGAGCCAGCCAGGGACCACAGGACAGUCUUCGUGUGCCAUACAUGUACCGAAUGCCUUGAUGCUGCUCCCGGCCACACUCACCAGGGUCCACUGGACCCCCACUUGUAGUUUCCAGGGGGAGCCCUCUCUUCUACUCCUGCCCAAAGUGGUCUGAGGGAGUUGGCUUUUCAGCCAGGGCCAAAGGAAAAAGUCCUGCUGCAUUUAAAAAACAAGUGUCCAGGCUGUCAGUGGCGUGUUUACAAUCGCUCCUGGCAGAGGCUUUUCUCUACUGCCUUCUGGAAGGCGGAAAAUGUGUAGCGGGGGCUAUAAAUCACCAGGCCAUUGCCUUGUUUUGACUCGAGACACCCAAGAGGCACAGUCAUGUUGCUCAUAAAAGUUGGUGGGAUCGGUUUUGGAUUCCAUCAGCCUUUGUAUGUGAGUGCAAAACAUUUUCACAGUUUUCUCAAAUCAACAAACAGCCGUCUGCCGCAGCUGUGCCCCCGACCCCAGCCAUGGAUGCGAAAGGAAGGGGACUUAGCAAGGAGCGACUUUUUCUAAUAGAAAAACUACCAACUGCUGAUUACAGCUGGAAGAGAACCAAAUGUUUGUUUUCCGAUUUUUGUUUUCAAGUAACUGACAACUUUGCAAACUGAGCUAAAGGGGAAGUUGCUGAACCUAGAGCACCAUUUGGCCAGUGUCCACAGCCUCCUUCCUGGCUGUGUUUCAGAGAAAGGGGUUUGAGCUGCAGGCUCCCCUGCGGUUCUCACCCUCAUGAAGCUGCCUUGACCGUGGCCUGCCAGCCACCGGUGUCAUUCUUCAGGCCUUCGAGACAGGGCCCCGCCUCAGCACCCACAGGUCGAGCCACCUUCAGAGGGGUCGCUCAGCCUGGGCUUCCCGGUGUGGGAGAAGCCUCUGGCUGCCCAGGGAGCCAUAAGCCCUGUUGGCUGUGUGCCCUGCUCCCUCCCUCCUGGUGAGUUUCAGCCACAGUGGAGCCCGGUCUGAGUUGGGGGUGAGAUUUCUGUAAUGAAGGGGGAACAUCAUUUUUCUAUAAUUUGUGAAGUUGCACAAAAGCCACUGUCAUGGUUUUUACAUUGAACAUUGGAGCAUUUCCAACAUAAUAAAGGUAUUUUCCUAACGA